AUGAUCCCCCUCCUGCCCCUCGUCGCUGCGUCGCUCGCCGCGGCGACUUCCGUCCCCCUCUACGCUCACGAGAACCUUCAGCGCCGCUCAGUCGGCGGCGGCUCGCUCGACAGCAAGACCGGCGACUUCACGCCCGUCGUCGCGAUCCAGGUCGGCACGCCGCCGCAGACCCUCCAGGCGCAGCUGGACGUCACCUCGGGCCUGACCGUGGUCGGCGGCUCGCCCUUUGCGGGCGGGAGCUUCUAUGCCCCCGCCUCGAGCAGUUUGAAGGAGGGGGCUAAGGUCGACAGCCACGAGUUGCCGGACGGGAGGAAGACGAGCGGGACGAGGGUCGCGGAUCGGAUCGUCGUUGGUGCUGCGGGGCUGACGACUGAGUUCCUACUUGCCAACCCCUCUGGACAGAGUGGACCCGAGGCGCCGGGGAUCAACAACGCCCUCCUCGGCCUCGGAUACAGCGACGCGCCCUCGCCCGCCCUCAGCUCCGAGUGGGAUCAAAAGCUGUGGGGACUGUACCUCUCCCCCCGCCGGGUGGGCUACAGCGACAAAGCGGGAGAGACGAAACGCAUCGGCUCCCUGAGCCUGGGCAAGAUCGAUCCAGCCUAUGCAGCGGGAGAGCCAGUCUGGGUCAAUCUGACCGAGACGUCGACGGGCGAGUGGCCCGUCCAUCUCAAGAGCUUCGCGGCCGGGUCCGCGUCCGCGAAGACCGACUUCUUCGAGGGCCGACAGAUCGACGUCGCGCCCGUGGCGAACAUUGGCCUUCCCCCCGCCGCGCUGGACGGGCUCAUGAAGGGUAUCACCGGAGCGCAGAAGUGGACGCAGGGCGAGGACGUCGUCUGGACGCUGCCGUGCGACACGGCCUCGAAGCUCGACAUUGGUCUCGAGAACAUCACCGUCUCUCUUGCGCCCGAGGACUGGAUUGCGAAGGAGGGCAGCACGUGCCGCGCCCUGCUCAGUGCGGCUACUGGACGGCCGUGGCUCGGCACGCCGUUCUUGAGCGCCGUGUACAGUGUCUGGGACCUUGAGGGGCGGCGCAUCGGCUUCGCGCCCGUCAAGGCUGGCGCCCGGGUCGAGAACAAGGACUUCAACGAGGGAUCGGCGCCCGCUCGCCAGAGCGCGGAGCCCGUCACGACGGGAAAGACGUACCCGAACGCGGUCAAGGCUGGAGGCAGCAACAGCGCCGCUGUGGCCAAGCCCGCGUUCCUGGCCGUGGCGUUGGGUGCGCUCGCUGCCGUGCUGAUGUAG